CAAUAUGUGUAUAGUGUUCUCAAAGUUCUACUGACCAAUAGAUAAGCGAGUGUAUCAUCUUUAUCACAUGUCGCUACAAGAAUCAACAAGAAACAUGAGUCAACCGGUGGCGGGAAGUCGAAAAGACUACACCCCCGACCAGCAGAAAAUCGUAGAUAGGAUAAACGCAUGUACAGAUUACUAUGAGAUGUUGGAAGUACCUGAUAAUGCGCCAGGUUCGAUAAUUAAAAAUGCGUACAAGAAACUAGCUUUGCGUCUGCAUCCGGAUAAGAAUAAGGCACCGGGCGCUGAAGAGGCCUUCAAAUCUGUGGCCAACGCAUACACCAUAUUGGCUGAUGAAAGCAAUCGCGCAAAGUAUGAUUAUUAUCGGAAGAAUCCAAACUUCCCCAUGGAAGAGACCGUAAUAACAUCGAAUAUCGAUCCUUACGUUGUAUUCAUUUGCGUGGGCAUUGGCGUAGGCGUAAUUACCGCUACUUUGAUUUGGAAGCUGUUCACGCAGAAGAAGAAACCCAACCAAAAGCAAAUUUCCAAAUGAAAUGGGUACGAUCAACUCGGGGUAUGCGCCACACAUAAUAUGGAAUCAAGAAAGGUUACGGAGUCAACAAUAAGAACUGUUUAUGUUUCACCAAAGUAUUUAUUAAUUGUGA